AUGGUCUCAUCAUCGACCAAAUCUCGCGACCGGGCCAAAAGCGCUUCAGUCUCCGACGUAGUCGAGGUGACUGCCCCGGACCAUGACGACGAAAAGGUCGAAGCGCCCAUUGGACAUGGAACACCGACAGAAACAUCACCUACGUCGGGACCAUCUGCUGUGGUCCGAGCGACACAGGCGCCGGUAAUUGAGCCAAGCACCGACUCUGACGACGAAUUUGACCUGGAGAGCGACCUGUUAGGUGAUGACACCACGGCCAGUCUAUCCUCCAGCAUAUACGCUGCGUUUGCGUACGAGCGUGGCCGUCGGUACCAAACUUUUGGAGAUGGUCGCUAUCCCAUUCCCAACGAUGAUCUGGAGCAAAAUAGGGAGGAUAUGAAGCACGCUAUGCUGAUGAUGCUUACUGAGGGGAAACCAUUUUUCUCACCGAUCGGAAUGCAUCCACAGAAGAUAUUGGAUAUAGGGACAGGGACUGGAAUCUGGGCUAUAGAAGUCGGCGACAAGUACCCUAGCGCCCAUGUAUGCGGCAUCGAUCUCACACCAAUUCAACCAGAAUGGGUUCCUGCAAACGUGUCAUUUCUAGUCGACGACUGCACCUUGGACUGGAUAGAAAGAGAUGUCGACCUAGCUCAUUUCCGGUUCAUGGUAAUGAUCCUUAAGGACAUACCUACGGUCCUAGGGCAUGCCUACGAGAGCCUCCGUCCCGGUGGGUGGAUUGAGCUACAGGAAUUACAAGGUGUACCGCUUUGUGAUGACGGAACAAUGAAAGAUGAUGACCCCGUCAAGUCGCUAUACGAUACCGCCGGUGCCGCCUACAAGAAAUUUGGUAUGAGCACAACAUUACCUGCCGAAAUAGAACCGUAUCUCCGCGAAGCCGGAUUUGAAAACAUCCACUGCAGAAUAAUGAAAGUGCCCAUCGGGGUCUGGGCAAAGGAAAAGACCAUGAGGGUGAUAGGCCUAUACCAAAAGAUGGCUGUUGUCGAUUUUAUCCCGACGCUAGCAGGGAGACCUUUCCAGGCGCUACAAAUAUCAGAGACUGAGGCAGAAGUCAGAGUGGCGCUGGCGAGAAAAGGUUUGGAAGAUCCGUCGGUUCAUCGGUAUUUCAACUAUUAUUUCUGGUAUGCACAAAAGCCAGGGUUAAGGAGUGGUGCCGAGGAUGAUUUGUAG